AUGCACAUGAUCUUCCCUCGUUCAAUCCGAGUUCUACAAUCAAUCUCGAAAUCUCAAAACCCCCAAAAAUUCACUCCUUGCUGUCUUCGCGAUUUUUCACAAUCAACCUCAAUACCCAAAAAGCAACAACGAGUUCGAGACCAUGGAUACGAUAACUACAUGGAAAUCGAGAAAAAAAUACGCAAAGUCCUCAAAGUUCAAGAACUCAUCCUCUCUCAACCCAACUCCAUGGUUUCCUCUGCUCGUCUAGACAACCUCUCCCGCAGACUCGGCUUCAAACAAUUCGAAGCAGGUCGUUUCAUCCUCAAAUUCCCUCACAUUUUCGAUGUUUUUGAACACCCAGUUCAAAGAAUCCUUUAUUGCAGACUUACACGAAAAGCCCUAAUCCAAAUCCAACAAGAAAACGAAGCUCUAAUUAACCAAAUCGACCAUGCUGUCACCAGAUUAAGGAAGCUCCUAAUGCUAUCAAACACCGGACAACUAGGGCUUGACCAUGUUCGAAUUGCUAGCAGAGAGUUCGGACUUCCAGAUGACUUUGAAUUCUCGAUAAUUCUAAAACACCCACAAUUUUUCCGAUUGUUUGAAGAUAAAGAAAGCAAAACCAAGUACAUCGAGAUAGUAGAAAGAGAUCCAGAUUUAGCUGUUUGUGCUAUAGAGAAGAUCAGGGAAAAAGAAUACAGAGAAAAAGGUGGAGAUGCUGAAAACAUUAGAUUCUCAUUUCUUAUAAACUUUCCACCUGGUUUCAGAACUGGGAAGUAUUACAAGAUUGCUGUUUGGAAAUGGCAAAGGCUUCCUUAUUGGUCACCAUAUGAAGAUGUGUCUGGUUAUGAUAUGAGAUCACUUGAAGCUGAAAAGAGAAUGGAGAAGAGGGCGAUUGCAAUGAUUCAUGAGAUUUUGUCUUUAACUGUUGAGAAGAAGAUUAGUUUGGAGAGGAUUGCUCAUUUUAGGGUUACAAUGAAUCUGCCUAAAAAGCUUAAAGAUUUUCUUCUUCAACAUCAGGGUGUGUUUUAUAUAUCUACUAGAGGGAAUUAUGGGAAGCUUCAUACGAUUUUUCUUAGAGAGGCUUAUAAUAGAGGGGAGUUGAUUGAGCCUAAUGAGUUGUAUUUGGCUAGAAGGAAUUUGGCUAAAAUGAUUACUUUGAGGAGGCCUAAUAUGGAACGUCAGCUUGUUUAUUACAGGAGGGAAAGGGUGAGCAAUGAUUUGGAUGGAAUCAAUGAAGGGAAUGAAGGUACGGAAUCGGAAUCAGAAAUGGAAAGUGGUGGUGAGUCUUGUGACACUGAUGAAAGUUGA